AUGGCAUCUAAUGUUCCAGAUCUCCAAAAAAUGAAACUUGAUGAAGCAGUAAAAGUGGCAUCCCAACUACAACGGAAUGAAUCUGUUACGUCGUCAAGUGCAGGGGACGUCAAUGAGAUUCCAAAAACAAAUGGUGGACCAUCCCAUCCAAUCGUUCGAAGAAAAAGCGGAUUGAUUGGCAAGAAGUAUCCAUCGUUACAGGUAUCCCAUUAUCCGGUCCUUCUUCUUUCCAACUCAUCAGACACUACAUCGAAUCCCCACCCAAGUGUUACCUGGAGAACAAGCCAACAAGCCGAUAGUGAACCCAAGAUAUCCGAUCUGGACGAGGCGCCGCCUAAAAUCAGGAAAUCGAGCAGUGGGUUACGGCAGGUCAGUUGUUUUGUUCAGGUUGGAAGAAGAUUUAUUAGAGAUGGAUUCCAAUGUUGUUCUGUAUCCGCCCGCAACUCUCUUGACUUCCGAGAUCGUCCAAGAUUCAGUCGAACUUCAACAACGACAUCCACAUUGUCGCCGACUUCCGAAAAACCUCCGAUGCCUAUCGAAGGGGGUAGUUUUGAAAGAGACAAAGCAAGGUCUUUUGAAAGGAGAAACUAUAUUGGAACUCUUCACGAAAUCCGGAAAAAACUAUAA